AUGGAAAGGAUUGAAGAUAAGCAAAAGAGGCACGUCACCUUCUCCAAGAGGAAGAAUGAUCUCUUCAAAAAGGCGGAGGAGAUCUGCUCUCUUACACGUGCCACCAUUGCCAUCAUCUACUUCGAUGAAGCAGGAAACCCCUUCACUUUCUGCCAUCCUACUUCUGCGGAUAGCCACCAGCAAUUCCUGCGGCAGUACUAUGGGAGUUCCAGUGACUGCACCAUCACUGCUGCUCCUUCCCAAUCAGCACCCGUGGGUGAAGCUAAAUCGAUUGGAGAAAUUGUGCCCGUCUCAAGUUGGGAGGAGGAAAUCAGCAAGAAAUGA